AUGAGUGACAGAAGAAGAAGAACGGCUUCUCCACAAGGCACUGCUCUGCGUCCCUCUCCUCUGGCGUGCACCGAGUGCCGCAAACACCACAUCAAAUGCGACGCCAAAAAGCCUUCGUGUUCCCGGUGCUUGGAUGCCCGUCUGCCGUGCAACUAUCUCCCAUCGCGAAGGGGCGGCAGACGCAAACCCCGUAGCAGCCUACUUCAACCUCUGCAGGGAGUGACUUCCGACUUCCCAGGCAUGGUGUAUCAGACUCCACUGUCGGAAUCAGCGGGUGGGAAUCCAACCGCAGGCCCGUCCAGUCCCCCUGUUACCGGUAAAGAGGUUUCAUCAAUCGACUCAAGGAACUCACCGCAGAAUAUACAACCUGUGGUACCAGAUUCUCGGUUGGUACGUCUUUACUAUGAGCAUUUCCACAAUGCGCAUCCAAUUCUGGUUCCUGCCUCCUCAUAUGAGGAGCGGAAUUAUCCCAGUUUUCUCCAGCAUGUGGUGCGAUUCAUCGGUAGUCAUUAUUCGCUGCAUAUUUCUGGCGACUCUUUCAAGGACGCUGCGACGAUGCAACUGAGCCAUGCUGGCGAUCGAACGCCCUGUAUGGUCCAAGCUUUGUUGUUGUAUUCGAUCUUUCUCUGUGCGCGAAGUGAGUGCAGCGAGGCGGAGAGAGCAUUCUCCCAAGCAACCGAUAUCGCCCUGGAACUGGGAAUGUUCCGUCGAGAUUUUGCGACAACGUUCUCCAACGGAAACGAGAUCGAAGCGGAAAGUUUACGGCGGACCUGGUGGGAGUUGUUCAUUGUCGACGUGUUCAUGGCGGCGCGACCACCCAAGGUCGUCCUUCGCUGCGGCAAUGUACCUUACGACGUCCCCCUACCUUGUGAGGAGUAUGUCUACGCCAAUCGAAAGGAGAUUCCACCUGCGGCGACCUUUAAGACGUUUAAGAUGCGCGUGUUUCUAGAAGAGGACGAAGAUGGUCGUUUCUCGCGUUAUUCAUCAUUCAGUUAUCGCAUCGAAGCAGCACUCAUCCUGGCCCGCGUGCUCGUCUUGAACAGUCUGCCCGAGACGCACCGCGACCAUCUGCAGGCCGUGGAGAAUGCGCUCAUCAGCUGGACGAACCACCUACCGAGUCACAAGGUCGACAUAGUCGAUAUGUACGGCAACGUCGACGAAAUGCUUUUCCAGGCACACACGACCAUCCAUUACGCCGCAAUGCUGCUCCACCUUCCACGCAGCAAUCUGCGCCCCGAGUUCCCUGACCUCCACGUUCCCAUCUGCCCGACAACUCCUCUGCGUCUAUCACCAUCGUGCACCCGACACGUCCACGAUGUGAAAGCAACAGAAGCCUCGAAGCAACUCUCUAAUCUUCUAUCCAUGCGUCCGAGCGCACAGGGAUACAGCCCGCUGAUCGUAUCCCCGCUCGUCCUAUGUGGCAUGGCUCAGCUGGCAACCAGCCGCAUCCAUUCCCCAGAGUGUCUAGACCAUCACUGCAACCGCGUGGUGCUCGUGCUGGGAUGCUUAAAAAUCCUAAGCUCUAGCUGGCCUCUUGCGCGCCAGGCCCAGCAGCAUCUUCGACGGGCAGCGGCUGACUCGUUUACCUCCUGGAUCGAAUCGCAGCAUCCCCAGGGAGCGGCCGGUCUGCCUCCUGCGUCGCGGAAUGACGCUUACAAAGAUUCCUCGGCCGAUCAGAAUGCCUGGUACAGUGCAGGCGGUCAAGGGAUGAACGGGGAUGUGCAGUCGCUUUUCUCCCCCGGCUUGCUCUCGGCGUAUAUUGAUCCCACGUGCAGUGACCCGUUGUUGCUGAAUACAAUGUCGGAGUUUGACAUGACAUGA